UAUUUAUAUAUUCAUACUUUUGUGAGUUCUCUGUUUCUUUUUUUUUGUCAGCUAAAACGAGGACAAGAUUUUUUUUUAAUUAUUCAAACGAGAAAUAAUAUAAGGCACUAGCAGAUACUGUAGAAUAUUAUUGAAGAGGUAUAAACAAGAUUUGCUUGUUGGGGUUUUUUAUUUGUGUUACGGAGAAAAUGUCAAAAUAUGAGCUGUCGAAGGAUGAUGAGGAUUAUUGGAAUAGCAGUGAAGGACAUUCUUUUAGUUUUGAUCAAAAUAAUGAGUCAGACAACGUAUUUGGAAUUUCAAAAACUGGUACUGCUCAGCUGAGAGCAGGAAUUUCAACAAUAAAUUCUCCGACUGAACCUUCAUCGUCUUACCUGACUCCAGAGUCUGUUGAUUUGACGUUUAAACCUUUGCUUGCAAUUAUUCCUGAGCCGGUUUUAACAAUAAUUUUAACUGCAGAUAACAGACACUUGUUACCUGAUAAAUCAAAUAUUGUCAAUCCAUCGGUAACUGUCAGAAGAAUUCUUCUAGGACAAAGUUACUCCCUAGAGAAUUAUAAAUCACUUAGUAAUAAAACUUCAUUACUAGACACAGCAAUUGCAAGCGGUAAUGGAAAUGCUGUGUUAAUUAUUACAUUAUUUAUUAUCAAAACCCUGAAGCCUGCGUUGAGUCAAAAAAUUUUAAUGGAAAGACCUGAUGCUCUUAAUGUUUAUGUUCAUUAUUUGUCGACUAGGUUCCAAGUUAAUGAAGUUACUGAUUUAUUAAUGAUGCAAGGCAGAUUGGUCGAUGCAGCACUGAAAACUUUGGCAAUAACAAUAAAAAAUACUCGAGAUGAUGGAAGGCUUCUUCAAAAAUUAAUAAAAUGCUACAAGACUCAAUUUAUCAACUUACCAGAGUACAAAGAAAGUUUAUUUGUAAAUAAUUUUAUAAAAUUGCUGGAAUGGAAGAUUGCGCUAAACAGCGGAGGGGUCAAAAAUUUGGGAAACAACAGUGUAUUGGAUUGCUUAAAAUAUAUAUGUGAAAAUAAUUGGAAUAUUUCACAAGACGCCGCUGUUUCACCAGCGAAAAUUUUUGCAAAUCAACAUGAUGUUACUCCAAGACAGUAUCAGAAAACUGUGCUGAAAACUCGGGUUUCUGUUCAAGCUUGGGAUGAUGUUCAUAAUAUACUUUUAUCUAAGGGAUGGCUGGGGAGCGAAAAAUUGCAGUCAAGCUUACCUAUAGAAGAUAUUUUGAAAAUUUUACAUCAAGGUCAGGCACCUACGACUAUAAUUGAGAAGUUUUUAAAGUAUGUAGAUAACAUGAGGAAUAGAUUACAACUUGCUAAAAAUUAUGGAUGUAAUAGAACAGUUGUUGAGAUACUCGGAUUAUUGGGUGACCGAACUGCAUUACUAGAGUACAAAGAUACUCUAUCACCACAAUCAGAUGCCUACUUUUUAGCCGAAAAAACCUUAUCAUCCUUAACAAUACGAUGGAAAUCUUAAAGAUGCAGGCUCGUUGGAUUGUGACGGAGGGUAUGGGUACGGAAUGCAACCCGGCUGGCCUCCGGGAGAGACACACCAGUCAGCUGGAGAAUUCGGACCCGGUAGCCCGUUGAACACGUGAGUCAUGUGCGGCAUCAAGGGC